AUGGAGGGAUAUACCGGUCUCACGUUGACGCUGAAGCGCAUCGAGUUCCAGAAGCCUUUGAAACCGUUUGUUCAUCGGUGGGAAAAUUUCAGCAAGGCCAGAGAGCACAUAUUGGCCGUUCUGAAAGGGCAUCAGUGCGGAUUCACUUUCUCAUCGAGUGGGAUACACCCCCGUAGAAAAAACUUCGAAAUCACAGCCGAAUACAUUGAUUUCGACGGCGACAGGUUUGGAACCAUUAGCACAAGCAACCUCAACAUACCUCCGUUCGAAGGAACUUCUCCCAUCACUUCUCUGCCGGUGUUCCCUCUAGUCUACCACAGCGACCAGGAUACUGUCCGCAGGGAACUAAUCGCCCGUGGAAAGCUGUGGAAAGGGCUCAAAGGAUAUCAUUACAGACAGUAUGAGGGCGUCGGCAUAACCAAUUUCAUGUCCAGGGAAGUCCAAUUUAGCGUCAACAGCCGCAUCAUCGUCGACGCCGAUGCGUCAAAACAUUCAAUCCGGACAACUUAUUUCCAAUUUGCUGUGAAGUAG